CUUUGGAUAACUUCCUGAACAUUUCACUCUUCUGCAUCAGUUUCUGUGGAUGCCCUUCCUCCCGGCGCCCACACCCCCUCCUGACCGCCCUGCGUCACCUCCAUCCCGGCUGCUGGAUAGGGAGGGAGUGGGCAGUUCACGGUUUCAUUUGUGGCGUCACUUUCUCCAUCUCCCUCCUUUCUCCACGAGCCUCCGAGUCUGUCGGUGCACGGCUGCAGCUCCAGCUUGUAUCUACCUGUGCAGAGCAUCCAGCCGCUUCCCCCUCCUGCCCGGACAGACGCACUGCAGCACGCAGAGAGGAGCUGACGGAACAUACUUGUACCCAGCAGCCAGGCCGUCCUGCUCCAGCUGAAAUGCUGCUGACACCAACCAGAUAUGUUCAGAUCCUUCCAGUCAUCUGUGCAGUUUGCCAUCUCACCCUGGCCUUCCCCAUCCAAACGCCAUCAGCUCAUGAUGACGUGCGGCAGCUGAAGCUGGACAUCCCCCUCUCAGGUCCAAUUCUUGUCCCUCUGGGCAGCUCCAUCUCCAUCCCUUGCUUCGUGUCUCUGUCCUCCUCCUCUUCCUCGUCCCCAUCUGUCGUCCCCCGGGUGAAGUGGACAGUGGUGUCCGGCGGGAUCGAGACACAGAUCUUGGUAGCGCGGAGUUCAAGGGUGAAGAUCAAUGAAGCGUACCGCGACCGUGUGGCGCUGCUGAACUACACGUCCUCCCCUGAAGACGUGUCUCUCUGGUUAGGCGACCUGCGCCACAGUGACUCCGGUCACUAUCGCUGCGAGGUGCAGCAGGGACUGGAAGAUGCCAGCAAAGUCGUACAAGUCAAAAUCAAAGGUGUGGUGUUCCACUAUCGAGAUGCUUUGGGUCGGUACUCCUUCUCUUUCCAGCAGGCCCAAAGGGCUUGUGAGGGCAUCGGUGCUCAGGUCGCCACACCCAACCAGCUACUUGCAGCUUAUUUUGAUGGAUAUGAGCAAUGCGACGCAGGUUGGCUGGCGGACCAAUCUGUCAGGUAUCCAAUACAAGUGCCCCGUGAAGGUUGCUAUGGAGACAUGGAUGGGCAACCAGGAGUGAGGAACUAUGGGACGAUGGAUCCAGAUGAUCUCUUUGACGUCUAUUGCUACAUAGAGCAAAUUCACGGAAAGGUCUUCUAUGACCCCGUCCCACAGCAGUUGUCAUUUGAUGAAGCCCAGUCAUAUUGCGGAGCUGCAGGAGCACAGCUGGCUACAACCGCACAGCUGUACUCAGCGUGGAGCGAAGGGUUGGACCGCUGCAGUCCAGGCUGGCUGUCUGACGGCAGCGUGCGCUACCCCAUCGUAAUCCCAAGAGAGCGAUGUGGUGGCCCACAAGCAGGCGUCAAAACACUCUACCGCUUCAGCAACCAGACCGGUUUCCCAGAGCCGUCUGCCCUGCAUGAUGUCUAUUGUUUCAAAGCAGGACACGGAGAAACUUUUACUGAGUCUCCAGUGGAUCAUCUGAUCACAGAAGCUGAAAACUUACAAGAAAAUGUUGUUAUUCUAAUGGAACGAGAACAAGAAAUUCAUCUAAAUCAACUGGAGAAGCAAGUGGAACGAGAAGCACAAAGCGAACUGGAGUCUUUACCUCUGUUGCCUGAGUCUUUUACUACAGAAGAUCCACUCGAUAGAAACCAAACGGUCACCUCAGAUAGAGCAGAAUCUUUCCCCACUGCAGCUUAUGCUUUGGACUUCGUUAAAACACUAAAUGAAAGCACAGAAAAACGUUACGACUCCCAGCAUCUUCCAGAGGUAGCUGUCAGCACAAUCAGCACAACAAAGACCUUUGAUUCAACACAAAGCACAACUAUUCCUCCUGGUGAUUACAAUGGGACAGACUUACACCAGAACCACAUAUCGGAGUUUGAGAGAAGCACAUACGAACCGCAGACGGAGAACCAGACAGCAUCAGACACAAACUCUACUGAGUCUCUACAAUCAACUGAACAGACAAUCCAGUACCAAGAAAUUCACGAGACCAGUUUGGACAAAUCUCACACCAAUUACAGCGAAACCAAGAACAAUCGUACAGACGUAGAUAUAGAGGAAGCGUUUUGGGAGGGAACGACUUUGGCGACUGGUCCGUUGCUUCAGGUAAAGUUGGAAGAUGCAACUACAGAGGAUCCUAUACAGAUGGACACGACUCAGGCGUCCCAAGAUAAAGGAACUCCAGCCACACAAGAAACUCCAGCUACUAAACUAACCAUUGAGGCCUACUCAAUAUGGACUCCCAGUGAUGGAUCUGGAGAUAUUUCCCAAGAGAGAGAAUCUGAAACAAAAGCAGCCACCUUCACAUCCUCGUCUCAAUCCUCUGCAGCUGGAUUCACCGCUAAACCGGUGGGUUCUGCGGUGGCUAGCACCACACCUCAGAGGGAAGCUCCCGAUCCAACCCUCUCUUCUGUGUUACGCCAAGUGGACAAAUUGGAUUUUGAAAUCCACACCACGACACAGGACUUGUGGGAACUCACUAUUUCUAGACAGGAAGGAAGUACAAGCUCAGACACAGAAGAGGUUGAUGCAACUCAGGCUCCUGAACAGGUAGCUUCUGGAGUAAGUUUGCCUAUGACUGAAUCUCCAGAAGACUUCAAUGUCUCUCAUUCACCGUCUGAAUUUGCAGCGGAACAGUAUCAGACAUUAGGCAGCUCUUAUGAAGAGGCAAGUGGAUCUGAACUUGGAACAGUUACUUCCAUCUUUCAGGAAGGUAUUAAAGUUGCAUCGCCUUUUGAGAAAACUUUUAUAGUUUCCCCAACCCCUGGCAAGGAAGAGAACAAGUCGACUUCAAUUGAAGAAGAAGCUAACUUUUCCUCAACUACUGUGCCUAAAGAAGAAGCUAAUGCUAGCCAAAGCACUGAAAAAAUUGCCCCAACAUUUGUUCUUGAAGUAGAAACCAAAGUUACACCAACUGUUGUCCUAGUAGAAGAAGCUAAAGUUAGCCCAACAUUGGGUCUUGAAGACAGUAAAGUUGUCCCAACUCUAGUUGCUGAAGAAGAAGCUAAAGGAACCCCAACAACUGCUCUUGGAGAAGAUGUUAGCAUAACCCCAACAGCUGCUCUUGAAGAAGACACUAAAACUACAUCAACCCCAGUUUUUGAAGGAACUAGAGCUAGAGAAACUAAAGUUGAUCCAAAUGUUGCAGAAGAAGCUAAUGUUACAACAACUCUGGUUUCUGAAGAAUUAGCUCGUGUUGACCCAACUGUUGUCCUAGAUGAAGAGACUAAAGUUAGCCCAACUAUGGUCCUUGAAAAAAUUAAAGUAGCUCCAGUUCUGGUUGCUGAAGAGGACACUAAUGUUGAACCAACAGUUGCAGAAGAAUCUAAAGUUCACCCGACUUUGGUUCCUAAAGAAGAAGCUAUUGUUGACCCAACUUUUGUCCCAAUAGAAGAAUAUAAAGUUAGCCCGACAUCAGUUGUUGAAGAAAAUAAAGUUGUGCCAGCUCUGGUUGUUGAAGAAGAAGUUCAUGUUGACCCAACUGUUGCAGAAGAAGCUAAAGUUCACCCG